AUGGCGCACUGCUCGGAGGCAGAAAGGCUCUUCGCUGUGGCUCGCGUGGAGCAGAUUUCUGUGCUCUCUGGUUGGGAUUAUCACUGUGUGUACGAUAUCCUGCUGGAGUUCAUUCGUCACGACUUGUUGGACAUGAUUUCUUUGAUGCUUCCUCGUGAGGGCGCUCUGCUGUUUGCCAUCAGGGACCUUUUGACAUCACUUAAGUGCGACGCCGGCGAGUGCAUUCUGUCCGGCCAGUUCUUGGAUCAGCAUCGGAGCACUCAGGAGCUUUUGGCGGCUAACGUCACUUUCGUUCGACGGCUGCUUGUCAAUUCCAGGGUUUUGGCUUCCUUUGCUUUGGCUUCCGGGGCUGGACGCCACGGCUUGAUUUGGCUUCAGCAGCAGUACCAGCUGGUGGACAAGGACUGGGCUUUCAGGGCCUGUCGCUUCAGCAGCGACUUCAGGUUGGUUGUGCUUUUCCUCUGCUCGCACGAUCUAGGCUCGAGCAUCGUUUUUCCCAUGGCGGCACAGCUGUGGGCAGCCCCUAGGGAGAAGGGGUUGCAAGAUCUUGCGCCUUUGCUUUUAGGCGCAGGGGUUACUUCACUGGAUGCCGUUCGCGAGCAACGCGAAGCUUUGAUUAAGGCCGGGGUGUCACCGCAGCAGCUUCAGCUUCUACAGGGCGAUGAGAGCUCUUCAUCGGUCGUACCGCAGCCCGAGCGACGCAGCGACUUGCCCGUUGUGCAUCAGAGGAAGCGAGCUAGUUUCCAGGCCUCUGUGGAGGCGGCUGCCCCGGCCAAGCGAGCUGCUACCUUGCGACGAUUGCAUGAGGAUUUUACCGCACCCUCCACUGUGGGCCCACUUAACAGCCGAAUCCGUACAUGGUGUGAGUGGAGCGCUGCGUGGGAGGUGGCGCCUUUUUUGCUCACAUUUCAGACGAUUAGCUGUUGUGCAGCGAGUAUGAAAGCUGGAGCAUACAGAAGUUGCUCGCAAUACUUCAGCGCAGCUGUGAAACACCAGGAAAGGACGCUUCGAGUGCCCGUAGACCCCAGCUUGAAAGCUCUCAUUCGUGACUGCAAAAGGAGUAUCCUCCGGGGGCUCGGACCCGACCAGUUGAAAGAUUCCUUCGAGGUCCCGAAGCUUCGGCCUUUGAUACCGUCGUCCAGCUGGGGCACGGCUCCCUGGGAUCCGAGCGAUGUGCAGUCUUGGCUUGAUGCAAUGAUCAUAAGCCUUUGGUUUAUGUUCAGAGAAGUGGAGCUAGCUGCAUUGCGCAGGGGCCACCUUUACCUGGAGGAUGGUCAGGUUGUCGUUUUGAUUGCCAGCGAGAAGAAGGUCCUCAGUGGCAAGGCAGCACGCUUCGCCUUCCCGGAUUGUGACGGUAACGAGCUGUCGAAGGCAGCUGUGGUUCGUGGCUUCAGGUUGGUUCUGCAGGAGGCCGGCAUCGCGCUGACACGGCCCGAUGAAAGCGGGCGGCCUUUGCAAAGGUUCCAUGGACACGUUUGUCGUGUCUCCGGAGCCCAGUGGCUGAUCUCUUUGAAUUUAGCCGUGCAUCUAGUGCAGAUACUCGGUCGUUGGAGCUCGGCGGCCAUUUGGAAGUACAUCCAGAACACCCCUCUGCUACAGCUCCCGGCCGCUACAGAGCAGGCUUUGCAUGCAGGGGAUUUCACGGUUGGUUCUGAGGAUGCGGCGGCAGCUGGGCUCAUUCUCGCACCGGCCAUAGAGCGGGCACAGUCUAGCCACAGCGGCCCGUCCAUGCAGGACCUGCAAUCCAUUCGUGACGAGAUGGAAGCUCUCAGGCAGGCGGCUCGCCCCAGGGGCGAGACUCUGAUUCAGUCGGUGCGGUCUCGAUUGAUUCAUCGCAUCAAAGUCGAUGAGGACAGCAACCCUCCCAAGAAGUGGAGGUCUGUUUGUGGUUGGCCGUAUGGCGUCAGCAACUUCACGCGGUUGCCAGCUUCGGAAGCACCUGAGGAUCAGCGCUGCAGGCGGUGCUGGGAGAGACGAGGUGAUUCCUCGUCGUCCAGUUCUUCAUCAUCAGCAUCAGGCAGCAGCAAUAGGUCCGCAGAUGCGGAGAGCAGCUCGGACGUGGGCGAGUAUGAUUGA